AUGAUGGUCGCAAAUCACUUACUGGUGUACGGUUUGCUGGCCUUGCUGGCCUGGCCGCCCUUAACCUUGGCUGCUCCCAAUAGAAUUGUGGCUCGAGCGAGCUCAUCCGCGCCAGUGGUCAGUCACCCAGCUUCGUUGUCUCAUGGGCCGUAUAGCGGUACCCCUACCAUCACAGGGGCACUCAAUGCCACCUCUAUCGGGCCAGGAAUUUCCAGCCUAGGAGUUGCUCCGCCAGCUACCACCUACCCCAGUGACGGGCAGCUUCAUGAUGCAGAACCCGGCCCAUAUAUCCCUGCUGGAGGAGUUGGGACAAACGGAACGACUCCGGUAUACAACGCGAAGAGUGAUUUCGAUUAUGAAUCUUUGGCCCUUGCUCUCUACCAAGAAUAUAUCGAACUUGAUCUGUUCCACGAUGGGUUGGCUCGCUUCUCGGAGGAAGACUUCACUGCGGCCGGACUGACUGCGGAAGAUCGAUAUCUGAUCCAAUUCAUGGCAGAGCAGGAAGUCGGACAUGCCACCAUGUUGACCAAUAUCCUAGGUGCCAAGGCACCCAAGCAAUGCAACUACAACUACCCCUACACCACCGUGCAGGAGUUCAUCGACUUCUGCCAAAAGCUCACCCGCUUCGGGGAGUCCGGAGUCUACGGCUUUCUAGGCCAUCUGGACUCGCGAGAGGCGGCAACCCUUCUGGUGCAGUCGAUCACCACCGAAGCCCGUCAGCAGAUGAUCUUCCGGCAAUUCGAAGGCCUCUUCCCCAUGCCCGUCUGGUUCGAGGUCGGAGUACCUCAAUCCUGGGCCUGGACCUUGCUGGCACCAUACAUCAGCUCCUGUCCUGCCGGCCAGACCCGACUGGCCUGGCAGAACUUCCCAGCGCUUCAUAUUCUAAACCAGCCGAACCCGACCCGCAUCAAUGGGAGUUCUGCAUUCAACGAGACCCACGCCGGCGGCGGCAUGAACCCUUCAACCAACUCAGGUAUCCCAGAGGCCCAGUCAUGUCUCAAUUCUACCGUCGCAGGCACGAGCUGCAGUCCUGCCAUCACCCACAACCGCACGCAGCCUCUGUCCCACCCCGGUCGCUCCGUUUCUCUCACCUGGGACGCGCCAGGCGCGCAGGUCGGUCCUAAUAACAGCUACGUGACGUCGUCCCAGGCCGGGCAGCCGAAAUUCGUCGCGUGGGUCACGCAGUUGAAUGUCACUUAUUCCGCGUUGAGCUCGAACGGCAGUGGCUCACGGAGUGGCACGACUGUUCAACCGGACCUGCAGACGUAUGCCGGCGACCCGGCCAUCAACGGGACCGUGUUUAUCGCUAUCACGGACUCGGAUCUGUAUCUGACACCGUUCAAUCUGAGCAUGAUCAAUCCGCAUGUGGUUGCAGGACCGGCUCUGUACCAGGCUGGUUAA